CAAUCCGAAUUUAAAGAGUCUCAAAUACAGCAUUUCUUAGAAAGAUAAAGAUUCAAGAUGAACAAAUUGCAAAACUGGAUGAAGAUGUGCUACUUUUUGCACAAAUCCGUUGAUACUAAUACAGUGUCUAAAGAAGCUCUGACAGAGCCAGAAACGAAAUCUGCUUAUCAGACAUACUCAAAAAUAAACAGUAGAUCUGUUGAGACACAAACAGAUCUAGAAGUGAUUCCGGUUAAGGAUAACAAACAAGAGCUGGUUAACAUUAAGUGUGAUUUGCUGAGAGCGCAGGAGGUUUUGAAGAGAAAGAACACGUUAUUGAUCAGCUGA